CAAGCUGCCGCCAUCUCCGUCGCCUUCACCGCCGCGCAUUUAUUCCUGUCUUUUACUAGAUUGUUUGCUAUUCUAAUUCUCAUCAUAUUGGUCGUUUCCGCUUCCAAGAUUCAGUUAUUCUUGGAAAGGGUUAAGAGUCAGCUCCAACAACUGUGAUCGAGCUCAAUCACUUAACCCGGAGAAGUGAUCGAGAAUGUUGCAAAGAUGGAGAAGAGCAUUUACUCCUUUAUGCAAGGCUGGAUCUCUGAAUGUUGUUUCUGGUGCCACUGGGACACGCCAUAGCUACGCCAGGGUUGCUGCGGCUCCUCCACCACCCACCGAAGACAAACCUUUCACCCCCCAACCGCCACUGGUAAACUUAGACAAAAUGUUUUGGUCUGCACCCUGUUCGUUGGCCCUGCCCCCGGAUUCACCACGAAGAGUUGAAGAACCAAAUUAUCAGGGCAUCAAGCGUUUCAUUCUAAAACUCAUGCUAUUUUAUAGUAAGCAGAGCAAGUCAAUUCGAGGGGCUAAUGUUGUAUACCAAAGAAUCAUUUCGCAAGUUGAUAAACCUCCGAUUUAUGAAGUGUUUAACCUGGAGAAAACAUUCAAAACAACGUUCUCUUUACUAGUACUUCAUAUGUGGCUAUGUUUGCGUCGCUUGAAACAAGAGGGGAAGGAGGGUGUUGAAUUUGGGCAGUACCUUUACGAGAUAUACAAUCAUGAUGUGGAGCUGAGAGUGUCCAAAGCUGGAGUUAACCUCCUGUUGACUAAGUGGAUGAAAGAUCUGGAGAAGAUAUUUUACGGGAACAUCGUUGCAUAUGACACUGCAAUGCUUCCAGAGGCUAAACCUAGUGAUCUUGCUACUGUUUUAUGGAGGAAUAUUUUCUCUGAUGAUGGUUCAUCAAUGCCAGAUGCUGCUGCUUCUCAGUUGGUGAAUGCAAUGGCCAGGUAUGCUCGUCGGGAAGUAAGUUGCAUGACUUUAACAGAUAAAGAAGCAUUGUUUUCAGGAAAUUUCAUGUUUACCCCUUUGAAGCUUGAGAGCCAAAGUGCAAAGGCACAUCAGUGAUAAAGUGAUUUCUAAAGUCGUGAUAAAUAAUGGCAAGUACAUUCUGUUCUUUUAUUCUUUGAUCUAUAAUUUAUGAAUUAUUAGGUUGAAAGCUUGUAGCUUAUCUAUAUAUGGCCUUUAGAUUUUAUUAAUUUUGUGUCCUGAAACGAGAAUUGCCAUACCCUGUGGCCUGUACAAUGAGAAGAAGUGAAGGCAGAACUGAUCGAUUAGUGUAGCCUUCUGUUUCACUUUACAAAGCUUUAACAGCUUAUCUUUGAGAUUUAUAUCGAGACAUCGCUUCUGUUAGCCAGUGUAACACAUAUUUUUUAUGAGGGUAAAUUAAUAAUUUAAACA